AUGUCACAAAUGAAAAGUUUAGGUCGUGGACAUGUUUGGUGGCCAGGAAUCGAUAAAGAAAUAGAAGAAAAGGCAAAGAAAUGUUCAACAUGUCAAGUACACCAGAGGACACCCCAAAGAGUAUCUUUACAUCCCUGGGAAUGGCCACAUCGACCAUGGUCCCGUAUCCAUAUCGAUUAUGCAGGCCCUUUUAUGGGCAAGAUGUUUUUACUGAUAAUCGAUGCUCACUCGAAAUGGUUGGAUAUUCACAUAACCAACUCGUGCAAUACUCAGUCAACGGUCGAGAAACUCCGCAUGACAUUUGCAAAUCAUGGAUUACCGGAGAUGGCAGUUUCUGAUAAUGGUCCAGCUUUCGUGAGCAAGGAAUUCGAGGAAUUCAUGAAAAAUAAUGGAAUUCGACAUGUAAAAUCUGCCCCUUAUCAUCCUUCAACGAAUGGCUUAGUCGAAAGAGCUGUGCAAACGUUCAAGAAAGCGAUGAAGACGCAGAGUGGAACUUUGCAAACUCGUUUAUCUCGAUUCCUAUUUAAGUAUAGAACCACACCGCAUACCACUACAGGUAUAUCGCCCGCGGAAUUAAGAUGGGGAACCAAGUUACGAUCACACUUGACAUUAUUACAGUCAGAUGUUGGGAAAACUGUACGUUAUGCUCAACAUAAGCAGAAGAGACAUUGUGAUGAACACGUAAGACAGCGUUCAGUCUCCAUUGGUGACGAUGUUUUCGUGAGAAAUUAUUCAAACCCGAAGUUUCCAUGGACUGCUGGAAAAGUCGUUGAGUCUACGGGCCCAAUUUCUGCGAAAGUUGCAUUAGAUGAUGGAAAAAUGGUACGACGUCAUCAGGACCAAAUAAGUUCCUCGAGCACUAAAGAUUCGAGUAUUAUUGCUCCCGAAGAAAUUCAAGAAAGUAAUACUUCCACAGAGGAAACUCAAGCUCCUGAAACUCAAGCUCCUGAAACGCAAGCUCCUGAAACUCAAGCUCCUGAAACUCAAACUCGACGUUAUCCGACGAGAGAAAGGAGAAGACCUAAGAAACUAGACGAUUAUGAACUUUGA